CUUCCGCUGCUGCUUGUUGUUAGCUGUUUUUUCAGUGUGUGAUGCAGUAGAGAGCUGAAAAAUGGAGAGGUACGGGUCGGACACGGAGGGAGAGGAUCAGGAGAGACCGCUGCUACGCCGAGGACACGAAGACAAAGUCCAGAGAGCCCCUGUGUGCUGUUCAUCACGCUAUGGCCUGGCAUUGCUCUCCUCUUAUGGCUUCUUCGUGGUCUAUUCCUUGCGUGUCAACCUUAGUGUGGCUAUGGUGGAAAUGCUAAACUCCACCCACCAAUCCAACGUCAACCACAGCGGCUCAUUAUGUCCGGCCCACCCCAGCCCUGCACGGCCCAAACACAACCACACGGCCAGUCUGUACAACUGGGACUCUGCGACACAGGGCUGGAUCCUGGGCUCGUUCUUCUACGGCUACAUCCUGACCCAGGUCCCUGGGGGCUACCUGGCCGGCCGCUUCGGACCCAAGUGGCUAAUGGGCUUGGGAAUCCUGGGAACUGUGAUUUUUACACUGCUUACUCCUAUAGCUGCUGAUCUGGGGGCGAGCUACCUCAUCGCUGUCAGGGUACUGGAGGGGAUCGGAGAGGGAGUCACAUUUCCUGCAAUGUAUACCAUGUGGGCCGCGUGGGCUCCGCCUAUGGAGAGGAGUCGACUGCUCACCAUUUCCUACAUAGGAGCCCAGCUGGGGACGGUGAUCUCUCUUCCUCUGUCUGGUGAAAUCUGCUUCUACCUGAACUGGACCUACGUCUUCUAUGUAUUUGGUGCCGUUGGUCUGGUGUGGUUUGUCUUGUGGGUCUUUCUUGUGUUCGACAGUCCAAACACUCACCCGCGGAUCUCAGAGCGAGAGAGACUCUACAUCACCAACUCACUGAAGAAUGAGCUGUCCACCUCAUCAGGCUACAUCCCCUGGCGAUCAAUAGUGACAUCUGGACCGCUGUGGGCCAUCGUUGUUGCUCAUUUCUCAUACAACUGGACCUUCUACACCCUCCUCACCCUGCUGCCAACCUAUAUGAACAACAUACUGGGCUUCAGCAUUCAGCAGAACGGUAUGCUCUCAGCUCUUCCUUACUUGGGCUGCGCUGUGAUGGCCGUGGUGAGUGGUCAGGUUGCUGAUUACCUGCGGGAAACCUGCAACUACCCCACCGUCAUUGUCAGGAAGGUCUUCUCCGUCAUUGGUAUGAUCGGGCCGGCGGUGUUCCUGGUGGCAGCAGGAUACACAGGCUGUGACUACACCUUGGCUGUGACCUUCCUCACCAUCUCCUCAGCUCUGGGCGGAGUGUCUGCCUCUGGCUUCAACAUCAACCACCUUGACAUCGCUCCUUCGUAUGCUGGUAUUCUGCUGGGUAUCACCAACACCUUUGCCACCAUUCCUGGCAUGGUGGGACCAGUUAUUGCGAGAGCCCUCACCACAAAUAACACCAUAGAAGAGUGGCAAACUGUCUUCUACAUCGCUGCUGGCAUCAACCUGUUUGGAGCAUUUGUUUACACCCUGUUUGGCCGAGGAAAUGUGCAGCCUUGGGCUGUCCACACACCCCACUCCGCUCACGGAGACUGACACGGAGGACGAGUACCGGGCUCAUCCACUUGACACGUCUGAAUCAUGAAAUGGAAAAGUCUCAAACAAUGGGUAAUUUCAGCUAGAGAUGUGUUCCAGAUGUGUUGAUACAGCUAACUAACUGAGUUACAGCCGUAAUACCUUCAAAGAUGUUCUUUACUGUGACUGUGGGUACCCAACAGUCUAAAGACCAAUGAGUCCACAGCCACAGCAAUGAAUAAACCAAAUUGCAGUUUUAAUGAAGCAGAGGCAGAUGUGCUUUUGAGGCAAUUAAGCAGAGCAAAACAACCACAAUAUGUAUCUCAAAAAGGUAUCAGAGGAAGCCAAAGUUAGCUUGUUGAUUGUUAAGCAUCAUGAAUACCGUUGUAAAUAAGCUGUGACAGAAAAAUCUCCCAAUUUAGUUCCUUUUUUAAAUUUUAGUUCUGGUUUGCUAGUUAGCAAACUGGCUAGGCUCUACCGUCAGUUCUGCCCCCAAAGCACUUCUGCUUCAAGGUUUUUUUUUAACCCACUGUAAACACUUUUGAGUUUUAUUGCCAUAGUAGAAGUCUACACUCUUAAGACUGGUGUUUUUAGUGUAUGUAACGUUUGGGAUGACACAAAAUUCAAAACUAAGUGCCAGUAAUUGUUGAUUUCAAGUGCCCCCCCCCCCCCCCAAAAGCCAUCCCAAACUACACACGCACGUCAACGGCUUUCUUGAGAGAACACCAUGACUACGCAACUUCUUUAGGAAACGCCUUACAGCAUCCUUGAAAUUAUUGAUGUGUUUGGAAUCACAUGUAGGAGAAAAACUCAUCAUUUAUUUGUAUUUACUUGACAUAUGUUGCAGUUAAGGGAUUUUUUUUUAUGGUUUAUUUUUUAUUUUAAUAUGUAUUGUCUUAACCGAUUACGUCCACCAGGCACAUCUUUUAGUUUAUAUAGCGGUCCUUAUCGGAUCCAAGUAGAAAGCAUGGUUAACAAUGACAUGUUUUCAGUAUGUAACACUAAGAUGUUAAGCUAUUGGUGCUGUUGACACCUUUUUAAUGAAGGGAGAGGGGAAAAAAAGUGCAUUAAAGAUGUUCCUGGUGGACACAGUUACUGACUUAACAAGAUUUGCACUCUGUGUGUCAAUUCUCAGGUAUCUUAAGUGACAGAAGGAUUGAAAAAAGGAAAUAUGUUUACUUUUUACAGACGUAUUGAUCUACCGCAUUGAGGUUUGUGUCCUCAAUUUUUAAAGUAUAAACUAAGAAUUCAUUUUAAAAUGAACUCAGACAAUGGUAAUCUGAACAUAUGUGAAAGUCACAAGAGUAUUAUACUGUAUGCAUCCUUUUCCUUUAUAUAUUAUGACAAUAGGAAGGUCAAUCAAAAGUAAGCCCCAAAGGGAAACUCUGAGGUGUCAUUUCUGUCAACAAGUAGCACCAUUAUGCCACAUUAUGAUGUAUUCUACUUGUGCCUUAUUACAUUAACCUAAACGGGGUUAGACCAUUCACGACUGUAGACUCUCAUAUCAUUUGGUUUUGUUUUUUUUCAAUAAAUCUUAUUUCAGUUUUAUGUUAGCCCCCGCCACACGCACAGAAAUUAAAGGGACUUAUGUUUCAUACAUAUACUGUACUAAAAGGGUAAUCAUUGUAAAAACAUUCCAGAAAAAUGUCUCAAAUCACUUGUCAUGUACUGUAAAUAAAUCAUAUGCAA